GACGAUUUAGUCCCCCGUUACCGGGCCGUACCCGCAACCCAAGUAGACACCGAAGAUCGUGGAUCCUGCAAGUAAACGUUCGACGACAAUCCCGGUUACAAUAUCUGUCGUGGAACGCCUUUUGGCGACGCACCUCCUGCCGACUCAAAUAUGAGCUUGGUUGCCUGUUACUUGUCGUAGCCUGGUUUGUAUCCCGUUCCCCUUAAUCCACGGGUUUCUGCAGAUUCUGCGGUACACCGCAUUUCCCAAGGUUUGGGUUAGGUUCCGGAUUAAAGCGUGUCUGUCUUUGUAUUACUCUUUUUCCCUAGGGAGUAGGUGUGACGAACAUGGGAACUGUAAAAUCAAGGUCCCAGACCAGUCGAUAUAAUCGGAUUGUGACUGUGUUUGUUGCCCUUGGAUCCUUUACGUACGGAUACUGCGCAAGUAUCAUAGGUUCGACAAUCGGGCAGCCAGGAUGGUACAGCUACUUCGGCCUGCCAGUUGACGGAGAGCCAGGAUACAGUGGAAAAACGACUCAUACAAUCGCAACUGCUAAUGGACUGUUCAGUGCUGGUGGAGCGGUAGGCUCACUCUUCAUCAUGUGGUCCGCAGGAAAGUGUGGAAGGAAAGCGAAUAUCCAGAUUGGAGCUGCGUUAUCCGUCCUUGGUGGCGCAUUGCAAGGAGGAGCUGCAACUCUCGCCAUGUUUCAAGCUGGGAGAUUCAUCUCGGGCAUGGGCAUUGGCGUCCUCGUCACCAUCUGUCCCAUGUAUCUCUCCGAGAUGUCUAGCCCAUUCGUCAGAGGUUGGCUUGUUGGACACCAUGCCAUCUUCCUCGUCUUCGGAUACAUGCUCUCCGCUUGGGUUGGAUAUGGCUGUUACUUUGCCACCUCAGUCAAUCAGACCUUCGCUUGGCGAUUUCCGCUGUGUCUCCAGGUUCUUAGUCCUCUUAUUCUCCUCCUUGGAUCGCCAUGGCUUCCAAGGUCGCCAAGAUGGUUAAUUUCGAAAGGGCAUGUUGAGGAGGCAUAUGAUGUGCUAAAGAAGCUUAGAAAUUCGCUGAGAGAUGAGCAUGAUUUGGUAGCGAAGGAGGAAUUCUACCAAACUAAAAAGCAGUUGGAGCUGGACGCUGUGAAGCUCGCAGCAACAGGAUACGGAGUUUGGACUGCAGUGUGGAAGAAGAAGAGUUAUCGGAAGCGGAUGAUCGUCGACUUCCUCACACAAUGGGGGGCUGAGUUCGCUGGACCUCUUAUCAUUAACAACUAUGCCGUCAUUUUAUACACUAACCUUGGUGAAACCGGACAUAUGCCCCUGCUAUUGAGCGCUCUAUGGCUCACCACAGCCGGCCUGAUAUACAACCCAGGCGGUGCCUGGCUUCACGACAAGAUCAACUCCCGGCGCGGAAUGUACAUGUUCGGGCUAGGUGGAUGUCUCCUCACUACCUCUCUCAUUGCGGCUAUGACUGCUGAGUUCGCUGGGACGACAAACCGUGCUGGCAAUGGCAUGGGGAUCUUCUUCAUCUUCCUCUACCUCACAUUCCAGGGAACCUUCUGCGACACCACGAUGUACUUAUACGUCUCCGAAAUCUUCCCAACGGAGAUUAGACCAAUUGGAAUGGGAUUCUCGCUGUUUGGUCAGUUUGCUGCGACUAUAAUUCUGCUACAGACGGCUCCUAUUGGAUUUGCUAAGAUUGAGUGGAAGUACUACCUUGUUAUUAUUGUAUGGUGUAUGGUGUACAUUCCAAUGGUGUAUUUCUUCUGGCCGGAAACCGCUCGGCUAAGUCUAGAAGAAAUUGCGAAGAAAUUCGGCGACGAGGUUGCGGUGCACGUGAAUGAUGCCACGGAGGAAGAGAGACAGAAACUUGAUAGGGCGUUGUUCGACGCUGAUGUGACGAAGUCGGAUCUGAACAGUCAGGAGGUCAGGGCGGUCGAGACAAAGUUGGAUGCCUGACUACCUGUUGGGAUGGAGAAUAGUUGAUCAUUUAGCUAUAUCUUGUAAUAUAGACCUAGAUAUGCCAGGGGGGUG